AUGUUUCCAGGAAGAGACUGGCCCUGUACGUCAGCCUCUGAGGGUCUGGAGGAGGGAGAGGUGGAGGGGGAGACUCUGCUGAUCGUGGAGUCGGAGGAUCAGGGCUCGGUGGAUCUGUCACACGACCAGAGUGGAGACUCUCUGACCAGCGACGUCGGCGAGGAGGCCGACGGAGGCUGGGCCUGCGAGGACAUGUCCUUCUACUGCGACCGCUGUCACAAGUGGGUCCCUGCAGCUCAGCUCAGAGGGGAGCAGCCCAGCUACCUGAAAGGUGACAACUUCUUUAAAUUCAUCUGCUCCGACUGCUCCGAGGACGGAAAGGAGAGCUUCGAGAGGAUGAGACUCACCUGGCAGCAGGUGGUGAUGUUGGCCAUGUACAACCUGUCUCUGGAGGGAACGGGCCGACAGGGCUACUUCAGGUGGAAAGAAGACAUCUGUGCUUUCAUUGGCCGACACUGGAACUUCCUGCUGGGAACGAGGAAGAAGACCUCCACGUGGUGGAGCACGGUGGCCGGCUGCCUGUCGGUCGGCAGUCCCACGUUCUUCCGGUCUGGAGCGCAGGAGUUUGGCGAGCCCGGCUGGUGGAAGCUGGUCCAGAACAGACCUCCGACUCUGCGGCUGGAGGUGGACAAAUCCACCACCAAGGCCAAAGCCUCUAAACCGGCCCUGGACCCCAUCAUCACGGUGGAGGGCCUGAGGAAGCGCGGCGCCAGAAACCCCGUGGAGAACGCCAUCCAGCUGAAGGAGAAGCGCAGUCGCACGCAAGAGGCCAAAGACAUCCGGCGGGCGCAGAAGGAGGCGGUGGGAGGCUACGCUGACCGCAGCGCCGCCUCCACGCCGGUCAAACUGGCGGCCGCCCGCGGCGGGGGAGGGGCGGGCGCUGGGCGCCGGCCGGACCUGGUCCUCGAGAAAGGUGAGGUCAUCGACUUCUCUUCUCUCAGCUCGUCGGACCGAACGCCGCUCACCAGCCCCUCGCCCUCGCCGUCUCCGGACUUCUCCGCCCCCGGCACGCCGGCGUCGCAUUCGGCAACGCCGAGCCUGCUGUCGGAGGCCGACCUCAUCCCCGACGCCAUGCCGCCUCAGGCUCUGUUCCACGACGACGAGGAGAUGGAGACGGAGGGAAUGAUCGACCCGGGGAUGGAGUACCUCCCUCCUCCCCGCGCUAACCUCGCCGCCCGCAAGAAGCUGCGCCCGGCGCCGCCGCACAUCAAGCGUGAAGCGGACAGCGACGAGGACGACGGCCGCGGCGGAGAGGACGACUUCGAAGAGCCCGCGGGACACGCCCAAGCCCGUCUCUCUCCGCCAGCGGCCUCUGGCCGCGGGGUCCCUGAGUCGAGAAUACCUCACCGAGAAAGCGGACGCCCGCCCGGCGUCGCCAGACUCCCGCGCCCCCGCGUCAGCCUGUACGGAGAGCCGAUGGCGGGCUGCUGGAUCGCCUACGCGCUGGCCACGCCGCACGCCAAACGCUUCCACAGGAAGCUGCUGGUGCGUCAGGCCAAGAGGCAGCGAGGGCUCCCCCUGCUGGACCUGGACCGGGCCGUGAGCGCCACGCUCAGCCUGGUGGGAGGGAUCUACGGCGCCCAGGGGGCGGGAACGCUGACACGGAAAUACUGCACCAACAGCCAGGAGCUGCGUAUUCUCGAUCGCUUCCAGAGCAACUUCUCGAGCAGAAGAGGCGUCCAGCAGAACUCUGUGUCCUUCUGGCAUCGCCUGAUGGGAGCGGAAGGGAGCUCGGACCAGACCAUCAAGAGUCCUUACACGUCUCGCAUCCUCAAACCCUACAUCAGGAGGGAUUAUGAGAGUCGUCCGGUGAAGAUGAGGUUGUUGGCAGAGAUCAGGGCUCACUCUCACAGGAACGACCCUGACUGGGUCCCUGAACGCAACGCUCCCAUCGACUACUGCUACGUUCGCCCAAACCACAUCCCCUCUGUCAACGCCAUGUGUCACGACAGCUUCUGGCCAGGUGUGGACCUGUCAGAGUGUCUGCAGUACCCAGACUUCAGCGUGGUCGCUCUCUAUAAGAAAGUUGUGAUCGGCUUCGGUUUCAUGGUUCCUGACGUCAAGUACAACGAGGCGUACAUCUCCUUCCUGCUGGUCCAUCCCGAGUGGAGGCAAGCCGGCAUCGGCACCUUCAUGAUCUACCACCUCAUCCAGACGUGCAUGGGGAAGGACGUGACGCUGCACGUGUCGGCCAGUAAUCCCGCCAUGCUGCUUUAUCAGAAGUUUGGUUUCAAAGCGGAGGAAUACAUCCUGGACUUCUACGAUAAAUACUAUCCGGUGGAGAGCACCGAGUGCCGCCACGCCUUCUUCCUCCGCCUGAGACGCUGAGAACAGAAAAAAAAUUAUAUUUUGAGGAAAAAUAGUCUGAUUUGGAAAAUGUAAACCUUGGAUUAUUUUAAGAUUCGGGCUCAGGACUAUAAGGAGGAGGAAAACAAAACAAGUCAGAAAAUGUUUUUGAAAAAAAAACUCGUUCUAGUUGGAGAAUAAAUGUCAGAAUAUUACAAGAAAAAAAGUCUGAAGAUUUCAGACAAAAGUUGAAAUAUUUUGCUGUGGAAUCCAAGUCCCGCCCACACACCCGCAGGGCCAAUCAGGAGUCAGUCCCAGCUGUCAAUAAUGAGGUUUCAGCCUGUUUUUAUAGCAUCAAAUAACUAAUAAAAAGCCAACGGACAUUUUAUGAAGAAAAACGGACAGUUCUGUUAGUACUGAAGAGAUGGUUUCAGUCUGCAGCGCCAUGCCUGGCUCAAAGGCACCCGGGCAGUAUCUGCUGAAGGGGGGGGGGGGUUAUUACAGCGGUGACCCUCAGACAAAACUGACUCAAUCAAACUGUACUUAUGUUAUGAUGAAUAAAUGUGACUGUUUUAUGGUGUUUCUGAAGAAAUGUACAACACAGAAAUUCUGACAAACUGUAAAAUAAUUCAGAAAAUCUGGACUGUGUUCAAAUAAAGUCUGUUUCAUAUACA